CUGUGUGUUCCUUAACCCUUUGUGUGUCAGUGGUUCCUCUGUGGAACCAUAACUCAAAUAUCAAAUAUCUGUUGGACAAGUACGUGCCGGAUGGAGCCACAUCAUAUUACAGUUGCGUGGGGGAUAUCCGCCUCACGACAUUUGUGUUCAGCUCUACUUACGCCUGUAACCGGCUUUGUUUAUGCAUUCCAAUUUGCUAGUAGGUUACUCCUUUCCCGCACAUUUAUUUUACACCCUAUGAAAUUUAAGUGAUAAACCAUGGCAGGUGAGUCUUUAGUUAUUUUCAUUUAUUGAUGUACACCCAAGGUUUAUAUGCUAUAAAGCUGAAAUUCUUUAGAAACUACUUAUAUAUUUUUGAGGUUAUGUAUUGUGGUUCCUCAUGGGACCACUAGUACGCGAAGUAUAUUCCAUAAAUGAGAAUUUUUUCAAUUUCAGAUAAGCAGAUAUGGAAGAUAUCUGAAUUAGAAAAACUGUCAGCAGAGGAAUUCUACAAGUUCUUAGAUGAAAUUCCUUCAGAUAACGAAUCGGUACAAACGGAUUGCCAUAGUGAUGAAGAGGAAACUUUCGAUCUGACACAAGAUGAAAAUUCAGCUAAACAGGCCGCUUUAGCGUUGGAUAACAGCGAUGAUGGCUUGGACUAUGAUUCAGAGGAUAAUUUACCGUUAGCAACUUUUCUGCCAAAUCUAGCUGCAGUACCAAACUUCCAUUGGUCGCAAAAUGUUAACAACUUUAUUACAAAGGUUCCUUUCACUGAAUUAUCAGGUCCUAAUGGUUUUCCGGACAAUGAUGAGACUCCGCUACAGUUUUUCAUGACUUUAUUCUCUGAAGAACUUUUACAAGAAAUAGUUUUUCAAACAAAUCUGUACGCCACUCAAAAGAAUGUUGGUAACUCACAUGUGCCUACAAACGAAAUGAAAUGUUUUCUAGGCAUAAAUAUUAUGAUGGGGAUAAAGUCAUUACCAGCUACAAGGACUUCUGGUCAUCACGUUUUGUCUUAGGCUAGUAAAAGAUUACAACCAAUACAUGGGAUAUGUUGAUAAGAUUGACCGGUACAAAUCCUGCUACGAAAUAAAUCGCAGAUCUAAAAAAUGGAAUUUGUCUCUAAAACACUUUCGACUUGCAGUUAGCAACGGAUUGAUUGGAUCGGAUCCUGAAAAGCCUCAACGAGGAAGGCCCAGUUCGAAUGCUAUUGUUAAUAAAUUUAAGCCACACAUUGCUCUAAAAAGAAGGAUUAGUAAAGCUGCGCAUAUGCCGGUCCAUGGCAAUAAAGUUAGAUGCGCUAACUGCCAGUACCAGAAAUGAACCUCACAGGACCAGAUGGCUACUACUCUUCUUGCAAUGUUGGGUUGUACCUAAC